CAUUUGGUGACGGAUGGAGAACGUCUUGAAGGACAUGGUGUCGUCGGGCGCGGGCGACGACGUGGCGCAGGCGCAGUUCGCCAAGGCCGAGGAGAUGCGCGCGCAGUCGCUCGCCAAAUGCUCCAAGGUGCAGUUCCUCGUCGAGAUCAUGGACCGCAUGGGCUGCAAGAUCGACCCAAAGACGUUCUUCAAGAGCCAGCACUGCAACGGCAACAUCAACGGCGGCUUUAGCCUCAACGAAGACGGGUCGCCGUCGGUCGUGCUCUGCCAGAACCACAUCCAGGACCAAGAGUGGAUGGACCGCACGGUCGCCCACGAGCUCAUCCACGCGUUUGACCACUGCCGCGCCAACAUCAACUGGGAGCGCGACUGCGACCAGCACGCGUGCAGCGAGAUCCGCGCGGCCGCGCUCAGCGGCGACUGCGACUGGAAAUUCGAGGUCAUGCGCGGCCACUUUUCGAUUCCCAAGCAGCACCAGGAGUGCGUGCGUCGCCGGGCCGUGCUCUCGCUGCAGUACAACCCCAUGUGCCAGGGCAAGGAGGACAAGUGCGUCGAGAAGGUCUUUGAGACGUGCUAUAAGGACACGCUGCCGUUCCCGGAAAUGCCAUAAGAUGUAAUAUCGACGACAAAUGCAACAGGAAACGACAAUAUUGUGGCC